CCACCAUAGCGUAUCGUAGCGGCGUUUGUUUACGUUUCCAAUAUCAUUUAUAUCACCAACAACUAUUGUUGUUGUUGUUAAAAUAUUUACUCAUCUGGUGGCGGUCCGAGUUACAGUCAAUUUUUUUUUUUUUUUUUCCAUUCGUUUUCACCACUGUCGUCGACUAUUUACGCGACGCGUACGACAAUAAUUUUUCGUUUGGUCGACAUUUCGACGACGCCGCCGCCACCGACGCCGCCACUGCCACCACCACCACCACCACCUCCACUUCCGUCUUCACCGCACCGCUUACUCCGCCCGACCACCCACCGAAACACGACUGUUGUCCGCUUUGGUUAUCAGUAAAACGCGGCGUCUCUCGCGUCGCGACGGACACUACUGGUGAGCGGCCGAUGAUAAAUAGUACGAAACUACGAACCUCGCUCGUUCUUGGACGUGAGCACGACAUGCAAGUGCCGAGUCGCCGACGGUGAGUGAGUAACAAUAACGGACGCGCGCCAUGCACGACAGCGGACGACGGACAUCUGACCGGCGUUGAGGAGCACCGACUGUGUCUGAAGUGGAGUCAGUGAAUUGCACUACAGCUGUGUGUAUCUUUGUUUAUUGUAUACAUUUUUCGUGGACAAUUGAUAAUUCUCAAAAUGGCAGUUCACGGUUCUACACCUAAGCGUAAAGAAAUUUACAAACACGAGGCACCAUGGCCACUAUACAGUAUGAACUGGUCUGUACGACCUGACAAAAGAUUUCGCCUGGCAAUUGGGAGCUUUGUUGAGGAAUACAAUAAUAAAGUACAAAUCGUGUCAUUAGAUGAAGAAGUAUCAGAAUUCAGUCCUAAAAGCACUUUUGAUCAUCCGUAUCCAACAACAAAAAUUAUGUGGAUUCCCGAUAGUAAAGGAGUAUUUCCCGAUUUAUUAGCUACAAGUGGUGAUUAUUUACGAAUUUGGAGAGCAGGUGAACCAGAAACAAGACUGGAAUGCAUUCUUAAUAAUAACAAGAAUUCAGACUUUUGUGCUCCAUUAACAUCAUUUGACUGGAAUGAAGUUGAUCCAAACUUAAUUGGUACAUCAAGUAUAGAUACUACAUGUACAAUUUGGGGUCUUGAAACAACUCAGAUUGUUGGGCGAAUUAAUUCUGUUGCGGGUCAUGUUAAGACUCAACUUAUUGCCCAUGACAAAGAAGUAUAUGAUAUAGCCUUUAGUCGUGCUGGAGGUGGCCGUGAUAUGUUUGCUUCAGUUGGAGCUGAUGGUUCGGUUAGAAUGUUUGAUUUACGGCAUUUGGAACAUUCUACAAUAAUUUAUGAAGAUCCUCAACAUUCUCCAUUACUCAGGCUUGCAUGGAACAAGCAAGAUCCAAAUUAUCUCGCUACAGUUGCUAUGGAUGCAUGCGAAGUCAUUAUAUUGGAUGUCAGAGUUCCUUGUACACCUGUUGCUAGAUUAAACAAUCAUAGGGCAUGUGUUAAUGGAAUUGCAUGGGCUCCACAUUCAUCUUGCCAUAUAUGCACUGCUGGUGAUGAUCACCAGGCCCUUAUAUGGGAUAUCCAACAAAUGCCUAGGGCUAUAGAAGAUCCAAUCUUGGCAUAUACAGCAGCAGAAGGUGAAAUCAAUCAAAUUCAAUGGGGUGCCACUCAACCAGAUUGGAUCGCUAUUUGUUAUAAUAAGUCGUUGGAAAUACUACGAGUGUAGUAAUACUGUUGGACUAUUAAUGUUGUAAUUACAUUAUUAUAUAUAUUAUUUUAUAUUUUUAUCAAUUUUUUUUCAUAUCAAUCCAAAUUAUUUGACUCAGAUGUUAUUAACAAGAUUUACAGUUUUAUUUGUUACACAUGAUUUAUAAGAGACCGUGAUUUAUUUUUGUUUUAUUAUUAUUAUUUAUUUUUUUUUUUUGAAUUAUAUUAUUCUAAUGAUUUUUUACAACAUAGUCCAAUGCAUUGUAUUAUUAAAAACUUAAGUAUAUAAUGUAUUUCAUUAACAGCCCGCCGGUAGAUGAUUUUUAGCCUGUAUUUAUAAUAAAGAAGAAUACUCUUAUAUAGUAAUAAAAUGUAUUGUAGAAUUUCGACAUUUGAUUUUACAAUUGUUGUAAGCCAGCAAAAUAAUUAUAAUAAAAAUGACAUAUAUUAUAAAUUCAUUUUAGAUUUUGAACGGAGUGAUUAAUGUAUUAAUUUUACAAU